GAAGCGUCGUUGGCGACGUCCGGGAAGAUGAUGUGUUGCUAGCCGUUCAUGGUCGAGAGGAGACGGCAAGACAGGCUCCUUUCACAUGUCGUUUGCAAGCAAUGGCUCGUGGUCUGCUCCUCUGGAGUACAGCAAGGCUCUCAGGAAGGAGUUGGGUCAAAAGAGGGGCCAGGUUGGUCAGAUCCUCCUGCGAGGGGAUGGGGUCCAGUCAGACUCGGAAGAAGGGAUCUUUUGGCUGAGGAGGGGGGCAGCAGAUGGCGAUGCUGAUGCGCAGUAUGACCUUGGAAGGUGCUACGAGCAAGGCAGAGGGGUGGAUGUAGACGUUGCCUCCGCUGCGCUGUGGUAUCAGGAAGCUGCGAAGCAAGGGCACGACAAGGCCAUCUGUGCGCUCGGGUAUUGUUAUGCCAAAGGGGAAGGAGUACAACAGGAUCAGGAGAUGGCGGCAAAACUCUUCCUCAGAGCUGCACAACUAAAGAUGCCGGAGGGGCAGUACAACCUUGCUGUCUGUUAUGCAAGGGGUCGAGGUGUCAAGAAGGAUAUGGAGAGGGCAGCAGAGAUGUACAUGAAAGCGUCGCUGAAUGGGCACAAAGCGGCAACAAGUAAUCUAGGAUUGAUCUAUGAGGAAGGCGAUGGUGUUGCAAAGGAUGCGUCGCGGGCUGUCGAGAUCUACAAGAAAGGAUGGAAAGAACUAAAAUGCGAUGUGUGCCAAUACCAUUACGCGAGGUGUCUCUUCAGGGGUGUCGGAGUGCCAAUGGACAAGGACCUGGCUGCCAAGGUUCUCGGACCUAAAGUGUGGGAACUGGGUAGUCGAUGAUGUCUUCAAUGCAACCCAUUUUGUAACAUGUAACUUGGAUUUAUUAGUUUGAAAGAUAUUAAUUCCCAAUAAUUGUCAUAGGCUCUUGUGAGUGAAUACAGGAUCGCUAUCAUCGCUGUUGAUAUACCAGUCGAUCCACUCCUUACAAAUAGUGGUUGCUUCUUUCUCGCGCUUGACAGCAAAGCAUCCCACGAAGAAAUCGGUCUGAUGUGUGGGGGAGUUUGGUUUUUUUACAAAGAUUUCGUAAUCCCGUUGCACGAUCGGAGUAUGCUCCGGAUCAACUUUGUUCGGUGCGUCGUGUAAAGUCGGGCAUGAUACUGUAUGCGACGGGCCCUCUUGGAUGGGCAUGCGAGCACUUGUACCGAUAGUCAAAUCCGGCACCGCAGGAGGAGGAUCUGAUCUGAUGUAGUUCGGAGCCUUUUUGGGGAUCGAUCCCUUCCUUGAGUAAGGCCAUCGCCGGAUUCCGAGCUUUCGGCAGGCAGAUUUUAAGCUUGUCAGGCAUAUGCCCAGUCUUUCCGCAGCGACCUCUUGCUUCAUGCUGAAGAGGGGUUGAAGGGUUUGAAGGUCCAGCUUCACAUCGGCUGCUGAUGACGAUGAUGCGCCCCGAACGCGUGGGGAAACAAUCACAGAUGGUUCCAUGUCUCAAAGGUGAUUUGUGCUGUUGCUGUGUAGGUGUUGUACAGGCUUGUUGCAGUUGGCUACAAUGGAGGACCACUAAACAGGCUGGUUGCAGAGUUCUGGUGAAGACAGCGGGAGCGGGAGGU